AUCCACUAUCCUCUAGCUAGGGUGGUUGUGGGUGUACUUAUUACCUAGUGGUGUAUGCUUCAACGGAUCUAGUUCUUGAUUUCACAGCGUCCCGCCAGGGUAUACACAACGAUGAUAAAGGCAAGUGAUAUACGAUUGUGUUUCCAAGCGGGCAGUAGAGUUGCACGGAUCGCUCAAGAGCGUAUGGGGACACGGCCUAUUAAUCUGCUAGUUUGUGGAGGUUCCCGGUUCUCUUCCAACUCUAGACCUGUAUAUAAUGUAAGUCGCAAUCUAGGGUCUACAUCAACAAUAGGGAGUGUGGGACACAGAGAUGCGCAUGUAUGUAUCUUACAAGUUAGACCUAUUCUUCACACAGCACAUAGAUACUAUGCACGCCGGUCGCUUAGUGGCUUCAGACCAGCAGACGCGGCUGCAGAUCCGGAUAAGUAUGGAUAUCCUAGCACUCCGCCUGAAGCCGAUUUAGAUGCAACCAUUGAGCGUAUUCAGCGUAAACCUCCAAGAACAGAAUACCAGACGAUUGAUGGUGCCCGUAUAGGUAACGAGCGGAUUGAGAAUCCAAGAGCUGAUAGGAGUCACGAGAUGGACGGGAAUUAUAUGGCUGAACCACUGGACGUUGAUAGUGGAGCCUUUUUAGAAAAUAAAAGUACACGCGGUAGAGGUAGGAGAGGUAAGGGACGACGGGUAGCACAGGCAAUUGUCUUCGAUGAUAGUGAUAGUUCAUUUGACAGUGAUGAUAACAGUCACAGUGUUAGUACAAAGCCGGCCAGUGCUGGUAGCAAGAAAGACAUCCGUGGUCGCAGAGCAGCACAGCAAUACACUGAUAAUAGCGAUAGUGAUGGUGAUUUUUUAGAUGCAGAUAUGAACCAGGCUACCCGCGGUAGUAAGAAGGGGAAGCUCAGGAGUUUGGGAACCAUGGGGAAUGUCAAUACCAAUCUGGAUGAUGAGGCUCAGCUCGAUAUGCUGUUGAAGAACAUAACUCUAGACGCGUCGCAAAUAGAGGCAGGCGGUGAUACUGACGACGAGAAAAGUGAGAAAAGGUUCCGGAAGCAGGCUAAGAAGCGAUUGCGACAAGAGCAAGAGGAAGCUCAGAAGAUCAGCGAGAGUUUCGAGAAAUUUGCCAAAGACGUCAGGGACAGUGAUGCGGAAUCUGCCGAAUCUGAUUCAGACGGCUACGAGGGUACGCAGCGGCCGGGUAAGAAGAAGAGUCCCCCACCAGAAAACUGGGAUCCAAAUGCCAAACCCACAGACGAAGACAUUGACGAAGCCUUGUAUAUAGAGACCAACCGCUUUGAGCUGGACUCGUCCGAUGAUGAGGGGAUCGACGAAUACCAUAGACAUAAAUUCGCGCACGCGGCGAAGCAGUUGAGAGCCACUCGGGACAAGGACGAGGCCAAAAACGAUAUUGAGGUGGAUGACAAUGAACCAGAGGACAAGUACAAGUACUUGCAGCGCUUUAAACCGGGCAAAUACCCACACCUGGACAAUAAACUGUCCUCAAUGCGCGACGAUCUGGGGCGUGCCACUAAGAAGUCGAAGAAGCUGUACAGCCGAUUCGAGCGCGAGAAAAUCCUGACGGAGAAGAGGGACAAGUACAACAAAGACAUAGUCAUUGACGAGCCCUUUAAACUGGACAAGGCCAGGGCAGGACACCACAAAUUUGGCCUAGGAAUGGACGCCCAGGGGCUGUGGCUGGACCAGGAUGCUGGCAUAGGGGAUGUGCGGAACGACAUCGCCUUUAUGGGCCUGGCGGACCCCAAAAAGGGCAUGAAGGGCAAGUUCAAGAACUCGGAGGUGCGCAACACGCGCCUGAGUGGGAUGAUCUACAAGGCCAUUAACGAGACUAUUGUAACGGAUGUGGAGACCAACCCGCUAUUGGGACACCUGGGGAUAGACAUUUCACACGUUGAGGUGGCGGACUACCAUGCGAUAUGCUACUGGCGGAAUAUGGGUCAAGAGUCGGAUCACUAUGUGGACAAGCAGUUGAAGGCCUUGACGAAACAGCUGCGCUACAAAGUGCAAAAGCAAAUCAACUUAAAGCGCGCGCCGAAACUGGAAUUCAGACACGACUACUAUGAAGAAUCAGCGAAGAACCUCUCGGAACAAUUCAUGAACAUCCAUGAAAAUCCCUCAGAGCUGAAGAUGAAAACUAAUGCCAGGCGGAGGUGAUAUGCAGAUAAAAGUUAAACUAAAAUCAAUGUAGCAACGACUCUACCUAAACCAAGUUAAAUGUAGCAAUGACUCUGCCUAUACUAAGUUACAUGUAGCAAUAACUCUGCCUAUACUAAAUCAAAUGUAGC